GAUGGAAGUGAAGAAGAGUUUGAGGAAUCCGAUGAGGAUGAAGAAUUGGAUAAUAAUGAGGAAUCCGAUGAUAAUGAGGAAUCCGAUGAAAAUGAGAAUUCAAACCAAUUUAAAAAUUGGCCAGAAUGUUAUGUCGUGAUUUCAUAA